AUGCGAGAGGAGGAGGCAGUGGGAGGUUCGGGGAAGCCCUGGGGGUGCGUGGGGCGGCGCGAGCCGGGGGCGCCGGAGACCGACGGUUCCGGGGCCCCCGGCGACCCCGCGCGCAGGGCGCGGCCCCGGGUCCGGAGCGCGUGCGGCUGGUGGCCGCUUGUUGUUUGGUCGCUGCGGCUGGCCUCGGGCGGGCUGUGCGCCCCGCGGACGCGCGGCAGGCUGCAGUGCCUGCAGGUGUCCGUGUUCGCCAACCGCAGCUGGGCGCGCACCGACGGCCUGGCGCGGCUCGAGGAGCUGCAGGUCGACGGCUGGAGAAACGGCUCGGACUCCAUCCGCUUCCUCAAGCCCUGGGCGCGGGGCCCGUUCGGCGAGGGGCAGUGGGACGAGCUGCAGCGGCUACUCAGUGUGUACCGUGGAAGCUUCACCAGGGACAUGCACGAAUUCGUCAAAAUGCUGCGCCUGGACUAUCCCUUUGGGGUCCAGGUGUCUGCUGGCUGCGAGCUGCGCCCCGGGAACACCUCCGAAAGCUUCUUUCACGCAGCAUUUCAAGGAAAAGAGAUCAUGAGUUUCCAAGGAACUGUUUGGAUGCCAGCCCCAGAUGCCCCCUAUUGGGUGGGCAGGGCCACCAAAGAGCUCAACCAGGACCAGGGGACCAGAAAGACCCUACAGUGGCUCCUCAAUGACACCUGCCCCCAGUUUGUCAGAGGCCUCCUUGAGGCAGGGAAGUCGGAACUGGAGAAGCAAGUGAGGCCGGAGGCCUGGCUGUCCACGGGUCCCGGCCGUCUGCUGCUGGUGUGCCGCGUCUCUGGCUUCCACCCAAAGCCUGUGUGGGUGAUGUGGAUGCGGGGUGAGCAGGAGCAGCGGGGCACGCAGCGAGGCGACGUCCUGCCCCAUGCUGAUGGGACAUGGUAUCUCCGAGUGACCCUGGACGUGGCGGCCCGGGAGGCAGCUGGUCUGUCGUGCCGAGUGAGACACAGCAGUCUAGGGGGCCAGGACAUAAUCAUCCACUGGGAGGGGAGCCACUCCUCCAUGUGGCUGAUGCUUGUGGCCUUGCUGGGGUCCUUACUGAUGAUUGGAUGCUUAGCCCUCUGGUAUAGGAGGCACCGCUCCUAUCAAGGCAUCCUGUGACUGCUCGCCUCACCUGUCUGGGACUCAGGAUCGCAAGUGCCCAGGACGUCAGCUCAGCAGCUGAGGGUGACAGGAAAGCUGCCUUGAAGAAUCAGGCAGCAGUCACAGAGCAGUUCUCGUCAUGUCCUUUUCACAUUUCAUGUAAGAAGAUUGAAGUUCUUCUUCAGUAUAGUGCAAGUUUAUAAGCCCCCAUGGUUCUAUUAAAAAUAGACGUGCAAACUUCCAGGGACAAGCAGAUACAGGCUGGGGUGUAAGGUUGUGCGUGGUCACUGGAUGGUGCAGUCUGCAGUGAAUUGGGAAGUGAUUGCUCCUGAGGAAGCAGGUCCAGCUGCUUGCUGUCAAGGAUAAAGGGAGACCUACCAAAAAAUGAAUGAAUUUCUAAAGUAAGACCCUGGCUUGGCUGUAGCCUACAUUUUUCAAGAAAAGUGGACGUCUAGAUUUUUGUGUGAACAUGCCUGAUACUAAAAUGUGCACUCAAGCUUUUACAAACUGUUUGGGACACCCCGGAUACAUCUCUGCUUCUCGAUGACAGUGUGGGGGCUCCUUGGAUAAAAGUUUGUCCUGAAUGACAAAUUGGUAGUUUUAGGGCAUAGUUUCUUUUGUGAAUUUGGACUUAUAAAGGGGGGGGGGGCGUUUUCUUCUUUAAAAGAAAAUUAGGUUGUAAGAAACAGGUUUCUCAAGAUUUUAUUUGGUGCAACUGAUUUAUAAGGAGAAAUCAUAGUGUACGUGUAUUAGGUAGAAAAAAAAGUUACUCUGGGUAGGGAUAUUUCUCCCAAAUGGCCAGUCACUUUUUUCAGAUUGGAGGAAGUCAGUCAUGAAGGUGUCCCCACAAACAGGCUCCCCCACUUACAGCUAUUAAGUGAGACAAUGCUCAGGAAGAGGGUAAACCCACUUGGGCAGGUGUGAGCUGCCCUGAUCAGCACCCAGCUGUUUGCUCUGUUCCUAGUUAAGGAUCCUUGAACAUCCAGAAGACAUGGGACUAAACUUUCAGAGAGUCUUUGCUUGAGAAAAUUAAGCAUUGACAUCUUGUAUGCUGAACUUUCUGGUUGAGCCUCAGAUGUGGGUGAAGAUCUUGCCAGCUCCUAAAUCAGUGGUUCCCAAUUGUGAUCUCCUGACCAGCAGCCUCAACACCACUGGGGACUUGCACAUUGUUCUGGACCCCAUCUCGGACCUCCUAAAUAAGAAAUGGGAGUGGGGCCCCCCGUAAUCUGUGUUUGAACGAGCCCUUAGGUGGAUCUGGUGUUCAGCCGCUGUGCUUUGGGUCACGCGGUGCUACAAAUUCCUCAGAAUGAUUGUAAGUGAAAAUAUUGGCCUGGGAUUAGUCAGGGAAGGCUUCCUGGAAGGGGCAUCUGACGCAGGACUUGUACAGGUAGUGAGGGGAACCCGCAGGUGCACUGGGUCAGGAGACCAGAGUUUUGGCCUUGGACUCAGUGUCUUCCUGUGUCAAGUGGAACCAGGAAGCAGAUCCUCAGAGCGGCCGCAAACCUGCCAGUGCCUCGGUCUUGGACUGCCAGCCUCCAGACCCGUGAGAGAUACAUUUCCCUUGUUUAUAAGACACCCCUCCCAAGGCAUUUUGUAAAUGCAGCCUGAAUGGGUUAGGACAGAUUAUCUCGCAGAGGGUGGGGAGCAAAUGUAUGACUGUGUGGCUGUCUAUGAUGCCUUCAAACCAGGGGCCCAAUACUGCCCCCAGGCAGGCCAUGCGGUUCAGCUUGGCUUCCUCUGGCUGCGCCAAGGCUCUGAACCCGUCCUACCGGCCGGCUGCGUUCUUAGGGCAUGUGUGUUAAAAGCCCUUCUGAAGUCUUUUUGGAAAUGCGUCAGCAUGAGUUUACAGAAACUCUGGUUCAUUUUAAAGAAAUUGAUUUAUUUUGGAAAUAAAGUCCUAUC